GUGACGCGUCUGGAUGCUGCUGUGAUGGAAAGAGGAAGCUCCGCCCCCUCCCUCUGGACCAUGUGUCCUCCUGUUGCUGAGCUUUUAAGCAGACGCACAAAGAGAGACAUGAGUCUCGUGAACGAGAGUGGUUAUUUUCUCCACGAGUUAGAUCAGCUUUGACAUCGCUCAACAAUGGACAACUUGAAGCACUCCUGCUGCCUCUGAUCCAGUGAAGGUCGCUCCUCCUGAUAGGUGCGCCAGAAGAAGAUGGGUAGGCGUGAGGCGCACGGAGGCAGAAGCGAAAUGAACACCAGCCACCGCUCCGAGCUCGGAUGUCUGCAGGACGCGGCGUCCAGCAGCCACCGCGGAGGGAAGGUGGACAGAAGUCUUCCCUACGGCGCAGACAGGAGGCAGAGAGACGCAGAGACGGAGGCGAUGAACCGACCUCCUAACGGGGAGGUGAAGAAACACCAGCACAAACACAACCUGAAGCACCGGUAUGAGGUGAUGGAGACUCUGGGGAAGGGCACCUACGGCAAAGUAAAAAAGGCGGUGGAGAAAGCCAACAUGAGAACGGUGGCGAUCAAGUCAAUCCGCAAGGAACGCAUUACCGAUGAUUUGGACAGAAUUCACAUCCAGAGAGAGAUCGAGAUCACCUCUUUGCUCAGACACCCCAAUAUUAUUCGCUUCCACGAGGUGUUUGAGAGCCGGGAUAAGAUUGUGAUAGUGAUGGAGUACGCCAGCAGAGGAGAGCUGUACGAUUACAUCCAGGAGAGGAAACGACUGCCAGAAACAGAAGCCAGAAGCAUCUUCAGACAGAUCACAUCUGCUGUCCACUACUGCCACAAGAACGGUGUUGUGCAUCGAGACCUCAAACUUGAGAACAUCCUUUUAGAUCAAGAUAUGAAUGUAAAGCUCGCUGACUUUGGCCUAUCAAAUAAUUUCCAGAGAGACUCUCUGCUGCAGACCUACUGUGGAAGUCCUCUUUAUGCUUCACCAGAGAUUGUGAAGGGUCUGCCAUACAAAGGACCAGAGGUGGACUGUUGGGCUCUAGGGGUGCUGCUUUAUGCGCUGGUAUACAGCAGCAUGCCGUUUGAUGGAGCCAAUCACACUAAACUCACAGAACAGAUCAGCCAAGGCCGCUAUCGCAGACCCAAUCCACCCUCAGAUGCCUGUGCUCUCAUCGACUGGUUGUUGGCGGUGCGUGUGGAUGAGAGAGCCACGAUAGAGGACGUGGCAAACCACUGGUGGGUAAACUGGGGUUAUGAAGAGAGUGUGUGUGACUGCCCAUCAUCCCCUCACCAAGAGUGUCCUUCACCCUUGUUGGCUCGCUACAUCGACUGGCAGAAUCGAGUCAGUACUGCUGGCAAUUUGACCGUCAACCUGGGGAGCCUGUCCUUGGACAUUUCCUGUCCUGCUAACGCCUUUUACUUCAGCUCACCUCUACAGAAUGACUGUGGUGGAGGUAGAAGGGAGCACAGGGGAAUUUCAAACCUCAGAAAGUCCCGCAAGGAGAAUGUGAUUCCCCAGAAUGCCCCUGGAGCUUGUGGUGGUGUGGCUUUAGCAGCUGUCUCUUUGACUGUGAUGUCUGCUUCUACCACUGAGAGAAGAAAACCCAAGGGUAUACUGAAACAUCAGAGGAGCUUAGAUUCAAUCUUUCACAACCCAACAAAGGAGAACUCCUCUCAACAGUGUCACACACUUCCUCAACCUCAUCGGACACAAACAUUCAGUCACAUACACACGGAUAACCUGUCCAAAAGUUUUCCACAUCCCUCUACGUUUAGUCAGCCUUCAUCUAAGAUGCCCAAGAAAGGGAUUUUAAAGAACUUGUAUAUCAGGGAGUCGGGAUACGGCUCUGAAAGGAUCAGCUCUAAAGGAGGAGUCAAAGAAGGCAAUGAAGGUCAGUCUGGCUGCAGCCAACAAGACACACCGCUACCAGCUGUUCAAGAUAGUCCUACCUUGCGCACAGAAGCAGUCAGAAGAAGGAAAGGUAUCCUAAAACGUAACGGAAAGUUCUCUCGCAGUCUGGAUCUUUCCGACAACCCAAGUUCUCCCUGUCCAGCUACCGCGAUAUUCCCUGAGGCUCUGCAGCAGCUCCUGCAGGCGACAGGGGAUGUCGAGGGCCGCCAUAGUCGUCCCUCUAGCGUGGUCAGUGAAGACAGCCUCUUCUCCUCUGAUUCCUUUGAUCUGAUAGAUCUCAGCACCCAGCCACAGCAGGGAGUUUUCUCCCUGGAAACGCUGCAGGACAUUGUCAGCCCUGAGGAAAACGUGGAGCAGACAAGAGCUAAAAGACUCUGAAGACAAACAAAGACAGGAAGAAAAUCGAAUGUGAAUGGGAGAACUGAAAGAUUGUUUAUUUCACUUCAUUGCCUAUCGAAAAACUGAACACUAAAUUGUGGAAAGGUUGCGUCUCAAGUCCACUGCCUGAUCUGGACAUUUCACUGUCAGCAUAAAGCACCAUUUCUGACAGAAUAACUGUAUUCUGCAUCCAAGCCAAGCCAGAAACAAGUGAAACCUGAAGAGUUUCUGCUGUGUCAAUGUGACUGAUUAUGUUUAUUGAGCUCCGUCUGAGAAGGGUAGGACACCGGAUCAGGGACAAGUAUGUUGUUCACGAGUGAGGGAAAGAUGGAGCUCAGGAUCAAAAGGUGGAUUGGUGCUGCGUCUGGAAUAUUGCAGGCGUUGUACCGAUCUGUCGUGGUGAAGAGAGAGCUGAGCCAGAAGGUGAAGCUCUCCAUACGUUCCUACUCUCUCCUGUGGUCACGAGUUUUGGUUGGUGAUUGAAAGAAUGAGAUCGUGGAUACAAGUGACCAAAAUGAGUUUUCUCCGCAGGGUGUCUGGGCUCUCCCUCAGCGGUAGGAUGAGAAGCUCGGUCAUCGGGGAGAGGCUCGGAGUAGACUUGGAGUAGACUAGUAGAUGCUGGCUCAGGCAUCUGGUUAGGAUGCCUCCUGGACACCUCCCUUGUGAG